CGUCAUUAUGCCUUUGCUCCACUAGUUACUCCAACGUGGACCCGUGUAGAAAACAAAAACAAGAUGUGGGAAUAUGUAUUGUCAAAAUAUGAUGUCCCCAUACAUGGAAAAAAAUGGGUCUUAAGUACAAUGGGGUCUGCAUGGAGGGUACACAAGUGUCGAUUCAAGGAAAAGUUUUGCAAAACAUAUAAGGAUAAUAUGACGAGAUGGCGCCACCGCCCAAAAGACAUUCCCCAAAGUGAUUUUCGAGCUCUUUUAAAGCGAUGGAAUUGUAAAGAUUAUCAAGCAAAAUGUUCCCGUAACAAGCGCAGUCGUAGUUUCCAGAAGGACAAUCACACAGCUGGUCGUGAGUCUUUUGCGAGGAUUCGGGAAAGAUUGGAAACUACCCUUCCAAAUUGUAAUGACAUACCUUUGUCAACUAUGUUUGAAGUCACACGUAAAAGGACUGAGGGCCGCAACUACAAAGAGUGUAAU